AGUGUGAGUGCAGCUUCUCUGAGAGAGCGCUGCAAUGAUAAAAGCCGCAUAUGCGGUAGGCUACACACCUAUCAGACAGGAAAAUACCCAAGAAACGGCCUCACCCCGGUUCUCCUCGCACCACAGCCUUAUCCACGACUCAGAGCGGAACCUCAAGUGCCAGUAGAACCAUGACCAAGCCAGUGGGGGGCGGUGCCAAUGAUGUCACCCGCUUCCUGACAUCAGGGGCGGGGCCAGGACCUGGGUCCCCAAACUCCAACGCUGCGUUCUCCGCCGCCAGCCAGGCCGACUGGGCAGCAAAGAGGCUGGUGUGGGUGCCGUCAGAGAAGCAUGGCUUCGAGUCGGCCAGUAUUCGAGAAGAGCGCGGUGAUGAGGUGGAGGUGGAGCUCACAGACAGCCAGCGUCGGAUCACUCUCUCCAGAGAAGAGGUGCAGCGGAUGAACCCCCCACGUUUCAGUAAAGUGGAGGACAUGGCCGACCUUACCUGCCUCAACGAAGCCUCCGUGCUUCACAACCUGAGAGAGAGAUACUACUCGGGCCUGAUCUACACAUAUUCAGGGCUGUUUUGUGUGGUGGUGAAUCCGUACAAGAACCUGCCCAUCUACACAGAGGCCAUCGUGGAGAUGUACAGAGGCAAAAAACGCCACGAGAUGCCCCCGCACAUCUACGCCAUAUCAGAGGCCGCCUAUCGUAGCAUGCUACAAGACCGAGAAGAUCAGGCGAUCCUUUGCACAGGCGAGUCUGGAGCUGGGAAAACAGAGAACACAAAGAAAGUCAUCCAGUAUUUAGCUCACGUUGCCUCCUCCCAUAAAGGGGGCACACCGGGCAGGAACAAGGAGGCUAUACAGAUGGAUGGCUCUAGAUCCUUAACAAGAGGCAGCACUUUGGGAAACAGGGGUGAGCUGGAGAGACAGCUGCUGCAGGCCAACCCCAUACUGGAGGCCUUCGGCAACGCGAAGACAGUCAAAAACGACAACUCAUCCAGAUUUGGUAAAUUCAUCCGCAUCAAUUUUGACGUUGCGGGGUACAUUGUCGGUGCCAACAUUGAGACCUAUCUCCUUGAAAAGUCCCGGGCCACCCGGCAGGCCAAAGAUGAGAGGACGUUCCACAUCUUUUACCAGCUGCUGUGUGGAACAUCAGAAGAGACGAAAGCUGACCUGCUCCUUGGAACUGCUGACCAGUACCGCUUCCUCAGUGGAGGCGCCAUCGCGGUUCCAGGUCAGAGCGACUCGGAGAACUUCACCCAGACCAUGGACUCCAUGGCCAUCAUGGGCUUCACCCCUGAGGAGUCACUAUCCAUGCUGAAGGUGAUCUCUGCUGUGCUCCAGUUUGGGAACAUUUCCUUCAUGAAAGAGAAGAACCAGGACCAGGCCUCCAUGCCUGAUAACACAGCUGCUCAGAAACUGUGCCACCUGCUGGGCAUCAACGUGCUGGAGUUCACCCGGGCCAUCCUCACUCCUAGGAUCAAAGUGGGUCGGGAGUAUGUGCAGAAGGCGCAGACCAAAGAGCAGGCUGACUUUGCUGUGGAGGCUUUAGCAAAGGCAACGUAUGAGCGUCUGUUCAGAUGGCUGGUGCACAGGGUCAACAGAGCUCUGGACCGCAGACAGAGACAGGGAGCCUCCUUUAUAGGAAUCCUUGAUAUCGCUGGAUUUGAGAUCUUCCAGCUAAAUUCAUUCGAGCAGCUGUGUAUCAACUACACCAACGAGAAGCUGCAGCAGCUCUUCAACCACACCAUGUUCAUCCUGGAGCAGGAGGAGUAUCAGCGAGAGGGCAUCGAAUGGAACUUCAUCGACUUUGGCCUGGACUUACAGCCGUGCAUCGACCUCAUCGAGAAACCAACUCACCCGCCUGGUGUUCUGGCCCUGCUGGAUGAAGAGUGCUGGUUCCCCCGGGCUACAGACCGCUCUUUUGUAGAGAAGGUCUCCACUGAGCAAGGCAACCAUCCAAAAUACUUCCGAUCAAAGCAGCCGCGCGGGGAGGCUGACUUCUCCAUCAUUCACUAUGCUGGAAAGGUGGACUACAAGGCCAAUGAUUGGCUGGUGAAGAACAUGGAUCCUCUGAACGACAACGUGGCGUCUCUUCUGCACCAGUCGUCUGAUCACUUUGUGUCAGAACUUUGGAAAGAAGAUAUUCAAACUCUUCCUCGUGUGUACUUCUUUGACUCCUAUGCCACAAUACAGGCCAAUGGCUCCGACAUGGACAGGAUCAUUGGUCUGGACCAGGUUUCUACGGGAGAGAACAGCGGCCCGGUCAACUUCGGAGCUUCAGGUCUGAAGACGAAGAAGGGAAUGUUCAGGACUGUUGGUCAGCUCUACAAGGAGUCUCUCACCAAGCUGAUGGCCACACUGAGGAACACAAACCCCAACUUCCUGCGCUGCAUCAUCCCCAACCACGAGAAGAGGGCCGGUAAGCUUGCCCCCAAUCUGGUUUUGGACCAGCUGAGGUGUAAUGGGGUUCUGGAGGGGAUCCGUAUCUGCAGACAAGGCUUCCCUAACCGCAUCCCAUUUCAGGAGUUUAGGCAGAGAUACGAGAUCCUGACUCCCAACGCUAUCCCUCGCACCUUCAUGGAUGGCAAACAGGCAUCAGAACUCAUGAUCAAAGCUUUGGAACUGGACCACAACUUGUUCAGGGUGGGUCAGAGUAAAGUCUUCUUCCGAGCUGGAGUCCUGGGUCACCUGGAGGAAGAAAGAGACCUUAAGAUCACAGACACCAUCAUACGCUUCCAGAGUGCAGCCAGAGGCUACCUCGCACGCAAAGCCUUCUUAAAGAAGCAGCAGCAGCUGAGCGCAAUGAGGGUCAUGCAGAGGAACUGUGCUGCUUACCUCAAACUCAGGAACUGGCAGUGGUGGCGUCUGUUUACAAAGGUGAAGCCACUGCUGCAAGUGUCCCGGCAAGAUGAGGAGAUCCAGGCCAGAGAAGGUCAGCUCCAGAAGGCCAAAGACAAUCUCACCCGAGUGGAGCAAGAGUUUUCUGAACUGGACCAGAAACACGCUCAGCUGCUGGAGGAGAAGUCGGUGCUGGCUGACCAGCUGCAGGCGGAGGCAGAACUGUUUGCAGAGGCGGAGGAGAUGAGGGCCAGGUUAGCAACUCGGAAACAGGAGCUGGAGGAGGUGAUGGGCGAGAUGGAGAGUCGGCUUGAGGAAGAGGAGGAGAGAACUGCGCAACUCACCAAUGAGAAGAAGAAGAUGCAGCAGAAUAUACAGGACCUAGAGGAACAGUUAGAGGAGGAGGAAAGUGCACGGCAGCGCCUCCUGCUGGAGAAGGUGACUUUGGAGACCAAAGUAAAGAGUCUAGAAACAGAUCUGAUGAAUGCAGUGGAGCAGAGAGACCGACUCAGCAAGGACAAAAAACAGUUUGAGGAGCGUCUGAGUGAAGUUACCGAUCAGCUCACUGAGGAAGAGGAGAAAACAAAGAGUCUGAACAAACUCAAGAACAAACAGGAAGCUGUCAUCGCUGACCUUGAAGAGCGUCUGAAGCGUGAGGAGCAGGGUCGCCUAGAGCAGGAGAAGAUGAGGAGGAGGAUGGAGAACGAAACUGUGGAGGCCCAGGAGCAGCUAUCAGAUCUGGGCAUGAUGUCCUCUGAGCUAAGGGGCAGUCUGUCUCAGAAAGAGAAAGAGAUCACCAGCCUGCAGGGCCGGUUGGAGGAAGAGGGAGCGCGACGUGCAGAAGCUCAGAGGUCACUGAGGGAGGCCAUGUCCCAGGUGUCUGAGCUGAAGGAGGAGGUGGAGAAUGAACGAGGGAUGAGGGAAAGGGCAGAGAAACAGAGGCGGGACCUCGGGGAGGAACUGGAGGCUUUGAGGACUGAGCUGGAGGACACUCUGGACACCACGGCUGCCCAGCAGGAGCUAAGGUCUCGUCGUGAGUCUGAGUUAAAUGAUCUCCAGCGGCGUGUUGAAGAUGAAACUCGCCACCACGAGGCCCAGCUAUCAGAACUCCGAGUCAAACACAGCGCUGCCAUAGACGGCCUGCAGGAACAGCUAGACAACAGCAAGAGGGCACGUCAGUCGUUGGAGAAGGCCAAGGUAUUGCUGGAGGAAGAGAGGCAGAAUUUGACCUCCGAGCUCAAGAGCCUCCAAGCGGGUCGCACAGAGAGCGAGAGAGGCCGCAAGAGGGCUGAGAGUCAGCUGCAGGAGGUCAGCGCCCGAUUGACUCAGGCCGACAGAGAGAAGGAGGAGAAAGAGGAGCGGGUGCACAAGCUACAGUGUGAGAUUGAAACCGUCUCCAGCAGUUUGUCCUCCUAUGACACCAAAUCACUUCGCCUCUCUAAAGAGGUCAGCAGCCUGGAGGGCCAGCUGAACGACGCAAAGGAACAGCUGCAGGAUGAAACUCGUCAAAAGAUGGCUCUGGGCUCUCGGGUACGAGCGCUGGAGGAGGAGAAGAACGGUCUGAUGGAGAGACUCGAGGAGGAGGAGGAGAGGAAUAAAGAGUUGAGCCGGCAGAUUCAGACUCACACACAACAGCUUGCAGAGCUCCGUAAGCAGUCAGAGGAGGUGAACACCGCGGUGGAAUCCGGAGAGGAGACGCGCAGGAAACUCCAGCGAGAGCUAGACAGCACCAUGGCGAGGGAGAAGCAGAAGGAGGAGGAGAAGGAGAGAGUGGAGAGACAGAGGGAGCGACUGAGGGAGGAGAUAGAGGACAUGACGCUUGCACUGCAGAGAGAGAGGCAGAACUGUAUGGCCCUGGAGAAGCGGCAGAAGAAGUUUGACCAGUGUCUGGCGGAGGAGAAGGCGGUGGGCGCUCGGCUGUCAGAGGAGAAGGACAGAGCAGAGGCAGACAGCCGAGAGAAGGACACAAGAUAUUUGUCCCUUUCCCGAGCCCUGCAGGAGGCCCAGGACCAGAGGGAAGAGCUUGAGAGGUCUAACAAGCAGCUCCGUAUUGAAAUGGAACAGCUUGUGAACCAGCAGGAUGAUGUCGGCAAAAACGUCCACGAGCUGGAGCGGGCCAGGAGGGCUUUAGACACGGAGGUUCAGAGCCUGCGGGUUCAGACGCAGGAGCUGGAGGAGGAGCUGUCAGAGGCGGAGAACUCGAGGCUGAGGCUGGAGGUCACCCUGCAGGCGCUCAAGGCUCAGUUUGAGAGGGAGAUAGGCAACAGCGAGGAGAAGGGAGAGGAGAAGAGGAGGGCUCUCAGCAAACAGGUUAGGGAGUUGGAGAUCCAGCUGGAGGAGGAGAGGAGUCAGCGGUCUCAGGCCGUGUCUUCCAAGAAACAGCUGGAAGCAGAACUGCAGGACACUGAGGCCCAGGUGGAGACAACCACCCGCGGCAAAGAAGAGGCUGUGAAGCAGCUAAGGAGGCUGCAGGGUCAAAUGAAAGAAGCUCUGCGUGAGCUUGAUGAGCUCAAGUUGUCUCGGGAAGAGGUGAUCGCCCAGUCGAAAGACAGCGAAAAGAAGAUCCAGAUACUGGAAGCAGAAGUCCUGCAGUACACUGAGGAACUCUCUGUGUCAGAGAGGCAGAGGAGACAGGCUCAGCAGGAAAGAGACGAGGUGGCUGAUGAGAUGGUCAACAGCACCUCUGGAAAGACGGCAAUGUUUGAAGAGAAGAGGAGGUUAGACGCACGAGUCAGUCAGCUGGAGGAGGAGCUAGAGGAGGAGCAGAGUAACGCUGAACUUGUGGCAGAGAGACAGAGGAAGACUGCCCUACAGGUGGAGACUCUGACGGUGCAGCUGCAGGGGGAGAGGACUCUGGCCCAGAAGGCAGAGUCGGCACGGGAGCAGCUGGAGAGGCAGAACAAGGAGCUGAAGGCCCGACUUGGGGAGAUGGAGGGAGCAGUCAGGGGAAAAAACAGGCUCAGCGUUGCCGCCCUGGAGGCCAAGAUAGAGUCGAUGGAGGAGCAGCUGGAGCAAGAGAGACAGGAACGAGCCAUGGCAAACAAAAUGGUGCGGAAGACGGAGAAGAAACUGAAGGAGGUGAUGAUGCAGGCGGAAGACGAGAGGAGACAUGCAGACCAGUACAGAGAACAGCUGGAUAAGUCGAUGGUCCGCCUGAAGCAGCUGAAGAGGCAGCUGGAGGAGGUCGAGGAGGAGAACUCUCGCUCCAAUGCUCAGAAGAGAAAGCUGCAGAGGGAGCUGGAGGAGUUUACGGACAGCAGUCAGACCAUGGCGCGAGAGAUCACGUCUCUCCGCAGCCAGCUCAGCGUCCCAGAGUGGAGGCCAGAUAAGCGAGCACCGUUGCCCCUGGCGAUGCGUGGACGCAGAGCACUGGUUGACGACCUCUCGUAUGAGAAUUCUGACUCAGAGGAGCCCCCUGCAUCACCAACCCCCUCUUCUGGAUUCCCAGGGACCCCAACUCCUUCCUCUGAACACAGCCUGGACCCUCCGCCACCCUACAGCGUCAACAACACAGAGUGACGCACUCAUAGACUCUGUUGCACACACAAACACACACACACACACACACACACAGGCACACAACCGCCUCGACUACUCAGAGGUCACACACACACACACACACACACACACACACACACACCACACACAGUACAGAACAGAACAAAACAAAACAACACUAGUUUAUAACGUCAUGAAGGGUCCAAACACGGGGCGCUUUAACCUCAGCGAUAAACAGAUACAAAUGUAAAAAUCUGAUUUUAAAAAGUGGUAACUGGAACUGACUUUGAUUUUGUAACAAACUGUGAGAUAAAAAUCAAAUAACUGGGAAUUUCUACGUCUAUGUCAUGAACUUCUGAGUAACUAAAACUACAUUUCCCAGAGUCGGAAAGUGAAUGGUUUUCAACUUGUUUCCCGAUGCUGUACAGUUAUUAGAUGAGUGAAAACAUUAUGAUGGUGACUUCUUUUACAUUAGGAGGUAUUUCUGAACAAAGCCAUGAUGUGGGUUAAAUAUUCAACCUGAUUUUUAAAAAAAAGGGUGAAUUAAGACAAUCUAGAUACAUGAUACAAACAGUAAGUAGUCAAAUACAUACAUGGAACAGUUUUGACAGUGUCAAAACAUCAAUGAGAAACGUGAAAUAGAGAAGAUUAAACAGAUAGGAAGACUGGCAGACAUAAUGGGUGACUUAGCAAUAGAGAAAUGGCGAUUAGUAUUCAAUAUUUAAUAAAACUCUUAUUGGAAAGUAACUACACUUAGUUCUGUUACGUAUUGAUCUACAAAGCAGCCUGGGUGACGUUCAGAUGCAUUAACAUUGUAUUAAGGGGAGAAUCCUUUUGCUGUAGAUUAGAAACCGUUUGUUGUUAGGUACCGCAGUAGGUAGUAUUAGAUAGUUUCUUCAACUAAAGUCUUGACUUAUUGCUUCAUAAAUUUGUAUAAUUUAUAUCCAAUGUGAACUUAAGUUAUUGAACGCAGGUCAUUUUCUAUAAGAGGCAUGUUAGUCUGAUGAUUCGGGUCACAUCACGGCUCAGACUGGUUUCAGUCAGUGUCACAGCAAGAGGAUGUUUCAGGUGUAACUGGUGUGACUGGUUAGGAAAGAGAACAGAUUUAUAGAUUGUCAACCACAGCAUACAUUAAAAAAAAAAGGAACGCUCUGUGGGGAAUUUAUAAAUUCAUCUUUUUUUAUCCAAAUUGGGACAAAUUGAUGAACACGUCACAUUUUAUUUUAACAAGCAUCUUGUACAUUGUCAUUUUUACUGAGUGUAAAUUAUUGAUCAUCAAAGUUUUUUUGUUGAACCAAACGGUGGGCGUAUGGAUGAGAAAAAGGGACUUAAAUUUGUAGUAAAUGUAGAGUAGCAGUAGAACAAAGUAGAUGAGGCUGGUGAGGUUUUCUACUCUCGUCCAGUGAACAAGUAGAAAAAGUGAGCAUGAGACUCAAAGCAUUUUCAGAUACUAGUAGAGUUAAAUAAAAAAAAAAGACAAUUAAGGCACUGAGGAAUUAAUUUUUAUGAGAAAAAAACAGUGAUUGAACAAAUGGUAGACUUUUUUACCCUAGUUAUCAGCCCUAAAAGACACGUGUGUAUGGUGGGGGUGGGGGUGGGGGGGUGUCAGCCAAACCCACAUACAGCUCGAUGACCCUGCUGUGAGACAAACAAUGUUAUUUCUUUCUAUGAAAAAUCUCCAUCCUACUCAUUUUCUUUCAUUUAUUGUUAAACAUAUUAUGGUCUUUUUAUUUUUUUAUUUUUUUUAUGACCUUCUUCAGCACCUGUUUGCCUGUCAUAGCUUUGAGGCUGUCCAGGAACUUCAAUGUUCAUGUCAUUUUUUUAUAGUCACAGAAAGCGAUGCUUUAAAGGAACAGUUUAACAUUUUGGGAAAUACUCCAAGAUUGACCUCAUCUCCAUGUUUGACCAGUAAAUAUGAGGCUUAAACCAGACGCUGGUUAGCUUAGCUUAGCUUGGCUAAAAGACUGAAACGCGGAAACAAGCUAGCCUGCCAGUCUACCUACAGAACCUCCUAACCUCACUUAUUUAUACUUAACAUAUUUAGUCUUUGAUUUUUUAGAAAGAUUAAACAAAGAAGACAAUGUGUGUAAACUGUGAGCUUCAGAGAGGCUGCUGGAUGAACUUCAUUAGUUUCAUGCUUGCUGCCCACCUUCCCUGUUUCCUGUCUUUGUGCUAAGCUAAGCUAAGCUAAAGGUCUUUUGGUUGUAGCUUUUUGUUAAUUACGUAUCAUCUUGUCUAACUUUAGAAAAAAGAAAAGAUGCCUUUUUUUCCUAAAAUAGACGACUGUUCCUUUAAAUGAGGAAGAAUGUCACUGGUGCUUUAAAUUUUAAUUGGAACUAAAGAAACUAAAGAUUGUUUGAAAGGAAGUCCAAUAUAUUGUUUCUGCUAUGAAUGUUUUCUUUUGAUUCUGGUGAUAUGAACAUGUGGGGGAGGAUAAAUGAUCGUGUUGGUUUUUACCGUUGACAGUUCCAGUAGUUUUUUGGUAAACAGGGUUGUCAUGACGACUCCUACUUCUACCUUCUGUUUUUAAACGGAAUGAAACAAAAAUGCAAAGCAAACAUCUGCACUGACUUACCAAUAAGCGUGUACAGGCGUUCUGUUCCAUGUUUAUCCAUAUUUUCAGACAUUUUAAGCUUUUAAAAAAAAAAUUGCCAUAUCAAGUUCACCAUGAUUACCAGUCAGUGUGGGGAGAAGAAAGAUCAAACCAGUCGGGUCAAGAAAGAGUUCUGACGACGUAUAUUUAACGCCCUAGCAAAGGGUUUUAUUUUUUAUUUUCUGAAUGUAUAAUUCUUUGAUCUUAGCAAUAUGCAAAGGAUUUUGACGCUUUAUUUUUGAAUAUAUUGUGUAAAAGCCGCACUUUACACAUUACAAAUGGAGAUAAACACAGCUGGACAUUGUCAGCACAUAAUGUCUGCUUUGUUGUGUUUGUGAUUUAUCUCAAAGAGGCCGACAGCAUUAAGCCAAAUGAGCUAACAUCACGUGUCCUCACUCUUAACUGUUCACACUAAUGUUAUCUCAAAUAGUCGUAUCAGCGUCUGAACGUGGCGAAUGUGUGUUCACGUCUUUAAAGACCAAAAUCUGAGGACAUGUGGAAACCGAAACUGCUGGAGAGAGAACGGAUGAGUUCCGUUCAUGUGUAGCAAGAGACGAGGCUGGUGCUUCUUUGAGGUGUUAUUUUUCGCUCUGCAUUUUUUCAUGGCUACUGUGGAACUUGAACAUUUUGGAAACAUUUGUUUGAUUGUUUUAGCCUUUUUUUUGUUAAUGAUGCUGUUAUUAUAAAACACCUGACUGGGGUUAACUUCAAUAUAUGUCGUUGGUUUUGA